UCAAUUUUUGGCAGACAUUCACUUUAUGGCACAACACCGGAAAUAGAGAGCUCCAUGGAAACCACCUACAACAAACGAAGAAGUCUGUUAAUUUUCUGAAAUGGCUAAAAACAAUGACUACAGCAAAUACGACUUAGCACGGCUGCAGGCAGAACUGGAAGAAGAAAGAGAAAUUAAUAUCCUCUGGACCUUUGGUUGUAGAGAAAUGCUUGAAGAAUCGGUUGCAGAUCUGCGAAACACCAUGUUUGAACUGCAGGAGAAACUCCACAGCGUUGAUGGGGAAGAAAAUGAGUGGAAGACGAGGUAUGAGACACAGGUAGAGCUAAAUGGACAACUGGAGAGACAGAUUUCUGUCCUUCGUGAGAGGCUGGAGGACAUUAAGGGAAAUCCCAUGGAUCGAUUAGCCUCUAUCAGAUCAUACGAUGACAUGCCAAUAGAAACGCUUAAACAGCGUCUGAAGCUGCUAACGGAGGAGAAAUCUAACCUCCAGAGUCAGCUGAUGGACUGUCAUCUUCAAAUCGUGCAGGAGGGAAAGGCAUUUCAUAAAACCAAUGAUGAGAGACGGGCAUACCUUUCAGAAAUAGCGAAGUUUUCGCUUACCCAUGAGGCCCAGAGAGGACAGAACUCCACUCAACGGCAGAGGGAACCGGGGAUCAAACAGAUCAGAGGGAAGCAGACCAGCAAGAAGACGGAGGAUGAUUCUAAGAAAGGAAAAGAGGGAAAAAAAGAUGGAGGAGGAGAAGGAGGUGGUGAUGAUUCAACAACAGAGAGAAGAGAGAAGAGAAAAUCACAAAGGCAAAGCAGGUUGCCCACCCUGAAGCACUGUCUGAAAUAAAUCCUUAACCAAAACUUGGAGUUACUGACAUUGUUUUGCU